UAUACCCUUAGCAUAGUAGGAUUUGUCAAUAGCCACAGGUUGAAUAUCCAGCUGCUAAGUGGGGAGUCGGGAUUGAACCCAACCGACAGCAGGAAAGCGCUGCACGCACAACACCUACAACAUGGCUGGAAAGAUUCAGAGUCUUACCCUGGAGGAGAGAGAGCACCUCCUGCCCAUACUCAGGAAUGCACAGUGGGUGGAGGUGGUGGGGAGGGAUGCCAUUUACAAGGAGUUCAUCUUUAAAGACUUCAACCAGGCUUUUGGGUUCAUGUCUAGAGUAGCACUUCAGGCUGAGAAAAUGGAUCAUCACCCUGAAUGGUUUAAUGUGUAUAACAAGGUCCAGAUCACCCUCAGCACUCAUGAGUGUGGAGGACUUUCCCAACGUGACAUCAGCCUUGCUACCUUUAUAGAUCAGGUCUCGGUCCUAUGAGUAAUUAUUAUACCUCUCAGUUAUCCUCUUUUCAGACUGUACAAAUGGACCAAAAACAUGAAAUCAUUUAUUGUGGACAGACACCAUCAUAACAGUUUUAACUGUUUGUAGUCACGCACUAGAAGCUAGCGUGUUACAUUUGAUCCUUACCUUAUAAGUAUUAAUGGAGCAGACCUUUUAAAUCAUUCCAAAUAAACAGUAUUUAAACAUAUUGCAGACUGUAGUUGUACACUAAUGAGAUCGGUGAAGCACUUUUAUUUGACUGUGUUUGUAAGGUUUAUAGUCUUAUAGCUCAGAUGAAAACCCCUCUAAAAUGCAUCUGACGUCUUCUUGCAAAUUUGCAUUUUUAUUAGACUCUUAAAGGUGCAAUGUGGGACUUUUAGAAGGAUCUCUUGACAGAAAUGCAAUAUCAUACAAAACUACAUUAUCAGUGAUAUAUACAGACCUAAUGAACUGUACAUUACAUUAGAAUGAGCCGUUUUUAUAUACAUACAACGCAGGUCCCCUUACAUGGAAGUUACCGUUGUGUUUCUACAUUAGCCCUAAACGUACAAACUGUUCUACGGAGCGCUUUUCGUCCAUAUGUUGUGUCAGAUGACGGCAUGUUUGUCCAGUGGCAGCUUCGUAGGUUGUCUUUGCAUUUCGUAAUUGAGGUUGGUUGCAAUUCGCAAUUUCACUGCUAGAUGCCGCUAAAAAGAUGCUGGCAACAAACCGGUAUUUCUGAAUAUCUUGAGGCCGGGAUUAAGUGGAUUUGAAGUGAAAGUAUUUAAUGAACAUUUUAUACAUGCCGAGAGAUUUUGGUUAAUAUCAUUAUCUCGUUUUUGAUGGAGGUGGCGUUUAGCGGCUUUUGCAUCUGAGUUCCUUUGUAUGGUGCCUUUAUUUUGUUACUUUGGAAAAUGACAGAGAGCUAUUAGCCCUUACAGACAGAUAAUAUGGAAGGCUCAGGGUCUCAAAAAUGAAUUAUAAUGUAAACUAUUUGCCAAGAUUUCUGUAUGAUCCAACCUAUCACUUGCCUAGUAAUUACUAUACAAUAAGCCUAUGGCACAACAAAAUAUUUUCUGUUUCCAUUAUUCUAGAAAUGAAAUAUUGGUAUACAGAAAUUGCCUUAACCUCUUUUCUGAAAAUCCCUAAAUGCAUUCGAAAUGUGAUACCUCACAAUAAAAUAUAUAAAACUCAA